AUGCUUGCCGCUCCAUCGCUUGUCUCGUUGGCAGAGAAGAGUCUUGCCAACUAUGUCCUUGGUGGAGGAUUACUACCUCUCAACAACAACGCCGCUUUCAUUCGUGAAUCUACGGCUGUCAUCGUUACGAUCGUAGACCAGAAUGAUCGUGCUAUAGCAUGUGGAGCUGUUUCGAUGUAUUCAGCAAAGCAGGCUUACUGCGUUCUUGGAGAAGUUGCGGAAGACUAUCGGAACUGUACCAUAUGGAUAGAAGAGGUGCCGACUGAGAAGAAGGAGUCGCGUGUUUAUCGGGUAGAGUUCGGAACAGGCCCACUUUCAAAAGAGCCAACACUGCUACACCUUGUUGACGCACUUGUGGAAUCCAGUGUAGGCAAAAUCAACCUUGAUCUGAACAAAAAUCUGACUAUUGACUUGUUUGAAGGAAAAGAGAAAAACAGCGAGGAGUUUGUUGCGCAAUGGCGUGAUAUCUCAGGAUUUGUAGUUUCGGAUAAGUUUAGAUUCGAAGAGGUACUUAUCGACAGAUCUUAUUUGAUUGGUCUGAAGCAAGUUGAAAGUGCUAUCAUCAUCGAAAACAUAGAUAAGGAGAAUCUUCUUCCGGUGCUCGACUACGAUGGAGAAGUUUCAAUCUACGAUCGCACAGAACACGUGACAGCUCUAUUACGCACACCUGGAAUUAAUGGUUACGUAGCUCUUCGAGACGGUCAACCAUGCGGAUAUGCGUUAGCAUGCAAAAAUCGUAUUCUGCUAUGCUACGCAGAAAAUGAAGAAGUUUUCAAGUAAGG